CGGUCCAUCCAGGGCUCGGCGUUCGGCUAGGCGGCGGAUCGACGCGCUCGGCGCUCCCGGCGUGCGGAAGUGCGGCCCUUCGGCUAGCUGCAAUAGCCGGGGAGCUGGGGUGGGUCGGCAGGGACCUGACGCCGGCUGCAGCUAGCAGAAGCUGGAGUGGGUUGAAGAUCAGCCAGCUUGAGACUCCAGGCUUUGGCUGUGCCACGUGAGAAGAUGGCUUAGCUGUGACCUCAGGAACCAGGGCGAUUUUGAGUAGCGCUUCUUGGUUGCUUCUGUAACUGGAUCACGUGUUUCCUGUACAAAGCACAAUGUCUCGAUCCCGGCAGCCCCCGCUUGUGACGGGCAUCUCUCCAAAUGAAGGGAUACCUUGGACCAAGGUCACAAUUAGAGGGGAGAACCUGGGUACUGGUCCCACUGAUCUUAUAGGCUUGACAAUUUGUGGGCAUAAUUGCCUCCUCACGGCAGAAUGGAUGUCUGCGAGCAAAAUUGUGUGUCGAGUGGGACAAGCCAAAAAUGACAAAGGAGAUAUUAUUGUCACAACCAAGUCAGGGGGCAAAGGAACCUCAACAGUCUCUUUUAAGCUGCUCAAACCUGAAAAAAUAGGCAUUUUAGAUCAAUCUGCAGUAUGGGUAGAUGAAAUGAAUUAUUAUGAUAUGCGGACUGACAGGAAUAAAGGGAUUCCUCCCUUGUCUCUUCGUCCUGCAAAUCCUCUUGGCAUUGAAAUUGAGAAAAGUAAACUUCCUCAGAAGGAGUUGGAAGGGCUGUUCCCUGGCAUGAGUGCUGAUUUCACAAGUGAGAAUUUUUCAGCAGCCUGGUAUCUCAUAGAGAAUCAUUCCACCACCAGUUUUGAACAGCUCAAGAUGGCAGUCACCAACCUCAAAAGGCAGGCCAACAAGAAGAGCGAGGGUAGUUUGGCGUACGUGAAGGGUGGCCUCAGUACCUUCUUUGAAGCUCAAGAUGCUCUCUCAGCUAUCCAUCAAAAACUAGAAGCAGAUGGAACAGAAAAAGUAGAAGGCUCCAUGACACAGAAAUUGGAGAAUGUCCUCAACAGAGCAAGUAAUACUGCUGACACAUUAUUUCAAGAAGUGUUAGGUCGAAAAGACAAGGCAGAUUCCACCAGGAACGCACUCAACGUGCUUCAGCGAUUUAAAUUUCUCUUCAACCUUCCUCUCAAUAUUAAACGAAAUAUUCAAAAGGGGGAUUAUGACGUGGUUAUUAAUGAUUAUGAAAAAGCCAAGUCACUCUUUGGGAAAACAGAGGUGCAAGUUUUCAAGAAAUAUUACGCUGAAGUAGAAGCAGGAAUUGAAGAUCUGAGAGAAUUACUUCUGAAGAAGUUGCUCGAGACUCCGUCAACCUUACAUGACCAAAAACGCUACAUAAGGUAUCUCUCUGACCUCCAUGCACCUGGUGACCCUGCAUGGCAGUGUAUCGGAGCUCAGCACAAGUGGACCCUCAAGCUCAUGCAAGACUGCAAAGAAGGCCACAUGAAGAGCCUGAAAGGUAACCCAGGCCCACACAGCCCCAUGCUUGACCUGGAUAAUGAUGUGCGCCCCUCCGUGUUGGGCCAUCUCAGUCAGACAGCGUCACUGAAGAGGGGCAGCAGCUUUCAGUCCAGUCGCGAUGACACAUGGAGGUACAAAACUCCCCACAGAGUGGCAUUUGUUGAAAAAUUAACCAAGCUUGUGUUAAGUCAGUUGCCUAACUUCUGGAAACUCUGGAUUUCAUAUGUUAAUGGAAGUCUUUUCAGUGAGACUGCUGAGAAGUCAGGCCAGAUUGAAAGAUCGAAGAAUGUAAGGCAGAGACAAAAUGAUUUCAAGAAAAUGAUUCAGGAAGUAAUGCACUCCCUGGUGAAGCUGAUCCGGGGAGCCCUGCUCCCUCUCAGUCUCCGAGAGGGUGAUGGGAGGCAGUAUGGAGGCUGGGAGGUGCAGGCGGAGCUCUCAGGGCAGUGGCUUGCACAUGUCAUCCAGACCAUAAGGCUGACUUACGAAUCAUUGACUGCCCUGGAAAUUCCCAAUGACAUGCUACAGAUUAUCCAGGACCUAAUUUUGGAUCUCCGUAUACGUUGCAUAAUGGUGACGUUGCAACAUACAGCAGAAGAAAUUAAGAGAUUAGCUGAAAAAGAAGAUUGGGUUGUUGACAAUGAAGGACUGACUUCCCUACCGUGUCAGUUUGAACAGAGCAUCGUGCACUCCCUGCAGUCAUUGAAGGGUGUUGUAGAUUGCAAGCCUGGAGAAGCCAGCGUCUUUCAACAGCCUAAAACACAGGAGGAGGUUUGCCAACUAAGCGUCAACAUCAUGCAGGUUUUUAUAUACUGCCUGGAACAGCUGAGCACCAAGCCUGAUGCAGACAUAGAUACUACUCAUCUUUCUGUUGAUGUUUCUUCACCUGAUUUGUUUGGAAGCAUCCAUGAAGACUUCAGUUUGACUCCAGAGCAGCGGCUUUUGAUAGUCCUGAGCAAUUGCUGCUAUUUAGAACGUCACACCUUCCUAAACAUAGCACAACAUUUUGAAAAGCACAGCUUCCAGGGAAUAGAAAAAAUAACACAGGUUAGCAUGGCAUCACUGAAAGAACUAGACCAGCGACUCUUUGAAAAUUACAUUGAGGUAAAAGCAGAUCCUAUUGUUGGAUCCUUGGAACCUGGGAUAUAUGCAGGCUAUUUUGAUUGGAAAGACUGUCUGACUCCAACAGGUGUCAGGAACUAUUUAAAAGAAGCAUUGGUGAAUAUAAUUGCUGUGCAUGCAGAGGUGUUCACUGUUUCUAAAGAACUGGUGCCCCGGGUCCUGGCCCGUGUGGUGGAAGCAGUCUCCGAAGAGCUGAGCCGGCUGAUGCAGUGUGUCUCAUCCUUCAGCAGAAAUGGAGCACUGCAGGCCAGACUUGAAAUCUGUGCUCUCAGGGACACUGUAGCCAUUUACCUGACUCCGGAAAGCAGGUCUAGUUUUAAACAGGCCCUGGAGGCCCUGCCUCAGCUUGCAAGCGGUGCAGACAAAAAGUUACUGGAAGAGCUGCUCAACAAGUUCAAGAGUAGUAUGCACUUGCAGCUCGCCUGUUUCCAAGCUGCAUCUCCAGUAACGAUGAAAACAUAGACGCCUGUGGAAGAAGAGCAUGCAGAGAUAGCAAGUGCAAGGCUGUCCCUCUCCUGUCCCAUGUCCAACACUGCACUGAACCUCUCUCUUCACCAGCAUGGUGGUGCAGAAAGGUGUUGGUGGGUAUUUAAUUUCAACCUAUUUAAAUCUCCCCAUUUUAGAUGUCCAAAUGAGCAAGUUCUGUUGUUACUAGCUUUGAUCCUGUAAGGCUACAUAGCACACUCUUGGAAAUAUUUUUUUCUUAGCUAAAUGUCGCAUGGUGUGAGCUUCAGGGGCCUUCUCCCGAGUGUCCUGAAGUGGCCCAUGUGUGAAUGUGAUUCUCGGUGCCACUUUACCAGGCUUCAGUGUUGGCAGUUUCCAACCCAGGUGAGGCAUUUGAGAAGAAAUGUGAAGUCACAGCCUUGGAGCUCUGUCCUAAAUUUUUAAACCACCAUUCCAUACAAGAAGUUCUAAGCUCCGUAUAUUUUAAAGAAAAAUAUACAGUCUGCAUAUAGAAAGGUUACUCUUUGGAUAAUUUAUUCUCAGAUGCCCAUAAAUGAACUCUUGAGUUUCACAGUCUGGCUUUAAUUUUUGCCAGCGCUAAACAUUGAAGCUUCUAGUUCUCACUCACACUUGAGUUGAUGUAUCGCUGUGCAGUGCUUUGGUGUGGAUUCUCAAGGACCUACAUGUGGAGGCCCUGUUACACCCACAGCUCUGUGGGAGCCUUGUGGUCUUCAGUGCAACCUAAAAAUGAAGUCAGGCUCCUGGGCAAGGCAGUGCUCCUUCCCUCCAGCAGGUCGCUCCCCUCUGCCACUUGCCACCCUUUGAAGUGUCUUGCUCCAUAGCUGGAAACAUGCCGCUCUGGCACAGUCUGUGCUUUGUAAAGAUCUGAGGUGCCCUGGGUCACCAGGCAUUGAGCAGUGACUCAUUACUGACUGGCCUGUGCAGAAGAAUAAGGUCACUGUGACCUGCAAGCAGCUCUUUCACCUCACUCCAUCCUACCCUCGCUUCACUUUUCAAAAUGAGCUAUGGAUAAUGUAGACUUCUCUCUUUUAAUUGACAAAGUCUGUGUUCAAGUAACUCCAUAGCACAGUGUGUAUGCACUAUGGAUUAUUUGAGUUUAGUAAAUGUAUAUUUAUCACAGUAACUGAAAGUACAGAUUUAACCCUUUACAAAUGUGUUGACAAAUGUGAUGAGUAUUUGUAGCAUUGUCUCUCCUUGGUGCACUGGUAUUACAUUUAAGAUAACCAAACUGAAUUCCAAAGCAGAGUGUGGAAUCAUUUGUUAUUUUAAAAACCUAAUAGACACAGUACACAAAGCAUUUGUCUUCCUUCUCUGUAAGAUGCUAUUUGGUUGACAUUUCACCUCAAGGUGUCUUUAUUUCAACAUUUUUAUUAGCUCUGUAAUUGUUUAUAUUUCUGGUUUUAAUAUCCAAAAUAAAUAGUUGAGUUUUGGUUUUA